AUGGAGUAUUUGAGCGACAAGUUCUCCUUGAAAAGUCCAGCGAUUAAAGGCAGCGAUUACUACAUGGACCAAGUCAUGGAUACUUUAGAUAAUGUGCAGUACUACAACAAGGCAUCGCCGAAAUGCGUCCAAGCAUUCCCGAUGCAGAGCAAUGACCAGCACUCCUCCAUGGACAGAUCGUCUCCGUGCGAUAACCAAAGCAGCGUGACUUACUGCGCUCCUAAAUCUGAGGAGAGCAGCCUGCACGCGAUGGAAAACUGCUGCAGCCUCAGGGUCUCACCGGCCACAAGCGGACCCGACAAAACAGACCUCGACGAACUCGGAGAAAAAUGCGACAGCAACGUGUCAAGCAGCAAGAAGAGACGCCACCGCACAACCUUCACGAGCGCUCAGCUGGAGGAGCUAGAGAAAGUCUUCCAGAAAACCCAUUAUCCAGAUGUGUACGUGAGAGAGCAGCUGGCCAUGCGGACAGAGCUCACGGAGGCCCGGGUUCAGGUUUGGUUCCAAAACAGAAGAGCUAAGUGGAGGAAGAGAGAAAGAUAUGGACAAAUACAGCAGGCCAAAAGUCAUUUUGCAGCAACUUAUGACAUCUCAAUGCUGCCACGGACAGACAGCUACUCACAGAUCUCCAAUAACCUAUGGACAGGGCCGAGCGCGGGCAGCUCAGUGGUGUCGUCCUGCAUGAUCCCCCGAGGGUCCCCACCCUGCGUCACAUCCCCGUACCCACAUUCACCCAGAGCCGCGGAGCAUGGCUAUGUGGGAUUCCCAAACCACCAGCAAAAUCAGUUCGGAGUCAAUCAUGUUUCCCUCAACAACUUCUUUGCUGAUUCUCUUCUGGCUUCGUCAGCGAACAGUCACGCCGCGUUUGAGACCAAACCGGAGUUCGAGCGCCGCUCCUCCAGCAUUGCUGUACUGCGGAUGAAGGCCAAAGAACACACAGCCAACAUCUCCUGGGCUAUGUGA